CUGCCCGCCCUCCAGCUGCCUGGGUGUGCAGCCACGGCAGGCCGCGGGGCUUGAGACCCCCUCCCUCCCGCUCGGGAGGAGGCUGGGCCGGCCAGGGGGUUAUUUUGGGAGCCGCCUGUGAGAUCCAAUGGCCUUGUUAGGGCAACACUGACCUUUCUGUCCCGGGAGGAAGGCCGGGCUGGGAAGGGGCGGGGCGGCGGGAGCUCGCAGCCGCACACCCACACCCACCCGGGGGGAACCCAGGGGCCCGCGCAGGAAUCCGGCCUUGGCAGGGGGCUGCUGCCCAGGGACGGGACCCCCCUCGAAGCGCCCCGAGGACCCCCCCCGUCCCCCCGUCCCCCCCGUCCCCUGCCCACUGCACUGUGCUUCUUAACGGGUUCCCGCUGGUUUCCCCCCACUUGGGCCCCAUGGAAGCCAGGCUCGGGACGCUUGGUGGGGACUUGGAGUCUUCCUGGCUAGCUCCCCUCCCGAGUUGCAGCCUUCCCCGGGCUGACUGAGGGGGGCCCCCCCUAGGCAUGGCACCCACCAGCGCCCCCCGUGCGCGCCUGGCUGCCGGGCUCUCUCUGCCUGCACUGACCUCUGGCUUCUCCUCCCCUCCUGGGGCGCGGUGGUGGUGAGUCGGGGGGCCUGGAGCGCGUCGGGGACCCCCGCCACGCCCUGCACCCCAAGCUGGAGGACGGGGCGGCUGUCGGGGGCGAGGAUGAGAUGAGUGGGGGUCGCUUUGACUUUGACGAUGGCGGGGCGUACUGCGGGGGCUGGGAGGGGGGCAAGGCCCACGGGCACGGCCUGUGCACCGGCCCCAAGGGCCAGGGCGAGUACUCGGGCUCCUGGAACUUCGGCUUCGAAGUGGCGGGCGUCUACACCUGGCCCAGCGGGAACACCUUCGAGGGAUACUGGAGCCAGGGCAAGAGGCACGGGCUGGGCAUAGAGACCAAGGGGCGCUGGCUCUACAAGGGCGAAUGGACCCACGGCUUCAAGGGGCGCUACGGGACCCGGCAGAGCUCCAGCAGCGGUGCCAAGUAUGAGGGCACUUGGAACAAUGGCCUGCAGGACGGCUACGGCACGGAGACCUAUGCAGAUGGAGGCACGUACCAGGGCCAGUUCACCAGCGGCAUGCGGCACGGCUACGGCGUGCGGCAGAGCGUCCCCUACGGGCUGGCGGUGGUGGUGCGCUCGCCGCUGCGCACCUCGCUGUCGUCGCUGCGCAGCGAGCACAGCAACGGCACGCUGGGCCCCGACUCUCCGGGCUCCCCGGCCUCGGACGGCCCGGCGGCGCUGCCCUCGCCCGCCAUCCCGCGCGGCGGCUUCGCGCUCAGCCUGCUGGCCGGCGGCGAGGCGGCGGCGGCGGCGGCGCGGGGCCCCGCGGGCGGCCUCUUCCGACGGGGCGCGCUGCUGGGCGCGCUGCGGCGCUCCGAGUCGCGCACGUCCCUGGGCAGCCAGCGCAGCCGCGUCAGCUUCCUCAAGGGCGACCUGAGCUCGGGCGCCAGCGACAACGCCUCCACCGCCAGCCUGGGCGAGGGCGCCGAGGGCCCCGACGACGAGGCCGCCGCCGCCGCCGCCGCCGCCGCGCCCUUCGAGGCCGACAUCGACGCCACCACCACCGAGACCUACAUGGGCGAGUGGAAGAACGACAAGCGCUCGGGCUUCGGCGUGAGCGAGCGCUCCAGCGGCCUCCGCUACGAGGGCGAGUGGCUGGACAACCUGCGCCACGGCUACGGCUGCACCACGCUCCCCGACGGCCGCCGCGAGGAGGGCAAGUACCGCCACAACGUGCUGGUCAAGGGCACCCGGCGCCGCGUGCUGCCGCUCAAGAGCGCCAAGGUCCGCCAGAAGGUGGACCACGCCGUCGAGGGGGCCCAGCGCGCCGCCGCCAUCGCGCGCCAGAAGGCCGAGAUCGCCGUCUCCAGGACAAGCCAUGCCAAGGCCAAAGCUGAGGCUGCAGAACAGGCUGCCCUGGCCGCCAACCAGGAGUCCACCAUUGCCCGUACACUGGCCAGGGAGCUGGCUCCGGACUUCUACCAGCCAGGCCCCGAGUACCAGAAGCGCCGGCUGCUGCAGGAGAUCCUGGAGAACGCGGAGAGCCUGCUGGAGCCCCCGGAGCGCGGCGUCCCGGAGCGAGCCCGCGAGAGCCCGCAGCUGCACGAGCGCGAGAGCCCGCGCCCCGAGGGCGGCGCCCCGGCCGCGUCCCCGGCCGCGUCCCCGGCCGCGACGCCCCCGCAGCCCAAGCGGCCCCGGCCCGGGGCUCCCGCGGGCGGCCUGCUGAGCCCGGGCGCCUGGAACGGGGAGCCGGGCGCCGCCGCGCCGCCCGAGGGCGCCCCGAGCCCGGGCCGCCGCAGCCCCGCGCGCCCCGCGGAGCACAUGGCCAUCGAGGCGCUGCGGCCGCCGCCCGCCGCCCCGGCCGAGCCCGAGGUGGCGCUGUACCAGGGCUACCACAGCUACGCCGUGCGCACCGGGCCGCCCGCGCCGCCCCCCGACGACGACGAGCCCGCGGGCGCCGCGCCCCCCGCCCCCGAGCCCGCGCCCGAGCCGCCGCCCGCGCCGCGCACCCCGGAGCCCGCGCCCGAGCCCCCCGCCCGGCUGGAGCCCAAGCCCAUCGUGCCCAAGGCCGAGCCCAGGGCCCGCGCCCGCAAGGCCGAGCUCCGGGGCUCCACCAAGGCCUCCGCCAAGAAGAAAGCGCGGAAGGAGGCGACGCUGGCCGCGGAGACCGAAGUGGAGGUGGAGGAGGUCCCCAACACCGUCCUCAUCUGCAUGGUGAUCCUGCUGAACAUCGGCCUGGCCAUCCUCUUCGUGCACCUGCUCACCUGAGCCGCCGAGCGCGGGGCAGGUGACCCAGGAGGACGGCAUGAGGAGCGCAUGCGCCCGGAGCCCAGCGCCGGCUCCCAGCCACGCCUCGCACGUGUGCAGGAGGCCUGCUGUGGGUCUCUGCUGGAUGGUGGGGUGCCAGAGGAAGAGAAUUUCUGAGAACCUUCCAGAAGCACUGCCCCGGGGGCUGGAGAAGCCCCAAGGAAGAGCCCUGGUCUCCUGAGCCUCCCGAUCUCCGUCCCCCUCAUCCCUGUCCACUCUCUCGCCUCGCUCCUCGCCACUCCCUCCCCUGGGCUUCUGUGUGUUUUGAGAGAACGUACCCAAGCCGGAUAUGAACAUUAAAUUGCUCCCUCUUCCUCCUAUCGCACCCCCACUUUUAUUGACUCCUUCAGCUGGCCCUGCCCAGCCCACCCCGUGCCUGACCCCCCGAUGUACGCAGCGGCGGCGGAAGUGGACCCGCUCGGUGGAGUAUGGCAGCGUGCAGUGCUCUGCCUCAUCAGUCCUGUGAGCAGCGGGGCCUGGGGCCUUGGGGUCUUUGGGAAGCCACUGAGCCCGAAGAGGGGUGAGGUACAGUUGCAGGGGCCCCAGACCAGGUCCCGGGCAGGAGCUCCGAGCCCGUGUCCUGCAGCAUCCUGCGAAUCCGGAGCCAACAGCAUCCCAGGCCCCAGGGAGCAGGACAUGGAAACUCCUGGAAACCCAGGCAGACGUCCCUGGGCAGAUUUUCUCAGGCAGGUGCUGGAGAUACCCAUUUCCCAGGGAAGAGUGGAGCAAGUCCGGGCAGCUGGGUGGGGGUAGCUACCUGUGCAGUCCUGAGCCCCCCUCACUCACUUGGUGGAAGACGACGCUUGCAUGCACCUCCCUUAACGAGGUUUGUGCCACGCUGAGCUCCUAGGCCCUCAGGCUUGCUGGAGGUGGCAUGGGGGUCGAGGAUGGAGGAAUAGGACUUCAGACCCCUCCGCGCGCUCAGGAGGAGGUGGCGAUGGCAGAGCCGGAGGGAGCUGCUGCUAUCUUGUCUUUGUUUCUCUGGGACACUGAGGGCUUGGAAUGGAGACUGGGCUCCCCAGCUCCCCCAGGAAAGUGUGAGACCCUAGAGACCCGACCCACCCAUGGUGUUUGGGGCCAGCUUCCCCCAUUCCCAGUCCACAGGAACUUGCUCCUCCUCCUGAUGGGCCUUCAUGGCUUGGCUGGAAUAGCCAAGCCCUGAGGAGAGGAGAGGAGAGGAACUACGGAGGAACGGAGGCGCGUGGGCACACACUCGCUCUGCCUUUGGUCUCUGCUGGACUCCCAGGAACUAAGAGGGUGCUGGGGUUAGGGGGGAGGGGCUGCACAGCGCUGAUAGGCUCUGGGUCUCAGCUCUGAGGUCACUGCUCUGGGGCUUGGGGUCUCAUCUGGGGCUUGGGGGGUCUUAUCCACUACUGGGGACACACCUGUGGCUAUCAGAGCUGCUGGGCCUGGGGUUGGGCUCCGGGUGAGGGUUCAGGUUGCUGAAUCUGUGCAAUAAUAAACCUGUGUUUGCUCACGG